UUUUUUAAUAUGAGAUUAAAUUGUUAAUUGAACAUUCUAAACAGUUUGGAGAUUUCAUAACAAAAAGAUGGCUGCAGUUACGUCUCAAGCCAGUAACCUGCAGGGUAUUGUGCGGUCUUUGCGAUGUUUUACAAACGUAAAGCAACCAUUCAGAUUUAUUGGCACCACUGCAAGACUAUGUAAGGAGGAAGAUAAACGAGAGGAAGUGAUCCCUGUUCCUGUAAAGAAAGGAUGGUUUGAAAAGAUCCUGAAUGUGAGGACAAUAGAACCCAGCAAGGAAUCCCAUGCUUCAAAAUUGUCCUCUAAAGAAACACUGUAUGAACUUAUGUUUCAUGCAGUAAAGCCAGAAUAUAUGGAAGAGUAUCUCAAACAAUUUCAGGUCUACCAGGAACUGAUGCAAAACAAGGCCUCCAAUGUGACCUUGAAAGGCAGUUUCACCGUGGAAAUAGGAGACCAGGAUGAAGCAGUCCAUAUCUGGGAAUACAAGGGCGGAUAUCCAGUCCUCAACGAAGCAACACAAAUCUACAGAACUGACAAAGACUUCAUUGCGUUUCGUCAAGCAAGGAACAAGAUGCUGCGCUCCAGGAAGAACCAGAUCCUUCUCAGCUUCUCCUUCUGGCCGGAGCUGAUACCGAGAGAUGGACCGAACAUAUACGAGAUGAGGAGUUACACUCUCAGGGCUGGGACAAUGAUUGAAUGGGCAAACAACUGGUCAAGAGGUCUACAGUACCGCAAGGAAAGUAACCCUGUGACAGGCAUGUUCUCACAAAUAGGACAGCUAUAUCAGGUCCAUCAUAUCUGGUGCUACAAGGACCUACAGAUGCGGAAGGACAAUCGUGAGUCGGCCUGGCAGAAACCUGGCUGGGACGAGGUGGUACAGUACACAGUUCCUUUGAUACGGCACAUGGAAUCUCGGAUACUAAUACCAACCCCUUUUUCACCUCUGAAGUGAAGUGUUAUUUUUGAAUAGAGCGACAGGUUGAUGAACUGCAUUAUGUCCUAUGUCAUGCAUAUAUGGCAUAAGAACCAUUUUUGCAGGACAUGGCACAUAUAUGUAUUAUUUACAUUUGUAGUGAAGGACAUAACAUAUACAAAACCAAAAACAUUGGUUCAUCUACAGACUAGCUUAUGAUUAGACCUUCCUCAUUUUAUGUUGUAAGCGACAUGUAUUGGUUGGUGCAAAUAGUUAGGUCCAUUGAGGAAUGGUCUUAUAUAUUGUUUGAAAUGGGAUGAUGUAAGUAUUCAUAUUAAUAAUGAUUCAAUAACUUACCUGAGUAUUACUAUUUUAUUCUUAAAUUUAUAGGUGGUUAAAUGCAUUAGUUUCUUAUACAUUUUGUAAUUAGAAACUCAUUUUUGCUGACAGUGAAGUUAUUUUUGUAUUACUUUCUCCUUGUUUUUGUUUAUUUUGUUUUCCGUUUGGAUGAUGUUAAACUUACUGCUUCUAAGUCUAUAUUGGUAUGAUGGGCAGAGCUGUGUGGUUUGCACUGAGGAUAUUAUAUAAGUACAAAAUUAAUGUAUACUUUAUGAAGGGUUUCAGCAUCAUCAAUAAGUUAUAGCUUAUAUACUUUGCAUUAUCAAGAUUUGUAUUCACGUUUGUGUCCUUAUAAUGAUGAUCAUGUAUAUCUGCUAUUUAUUAAUGGUGCAUUGAAUAGUACCAGUAGUUUGGAUUUUAUUAAUGGUGCAUUGAAUAGUACCAGUAGUUUGGAUUUUAUUCAUACUUCACGGACUCAACAAAACCUGUCAAGACAAAUCUGACAAAAAUUGCAUUGUCUGAUAAACAUUUUAGCUCUGUAAGAAAAUGUAAUGAAAAUUGAACAUUUUGCAAGCAUGCAUGUCUGACAAGAUUCCAACAUAAUCAGAAAUUGUGUAAGGCAAAGUCUUUCAAGUCAGACUUUAUAGGCAGCCAAGCUGUUCUGUAUUAUAGGCUCCUGUUUCUUUGAUUGUGGUUUAUGGGUGAUACAUUAUGGUUUUGGGAGAAAAAGCCAAGGCAUUUUUAUUGUUUUGUACAAAACUCUUCAAAACUGCAUAUGCAGGUUUAAUAUGAACGUUUUUGACAAUUGUGUUGUUAUUUUGGGAGUAUUCUUUUGUAUGUACGUGUGAUCCUUAUAGAAAACAAGAAUAAAACAUGAAAGAAAA